AUGGAUAAAUAUCGCUUUGAAUUGAAACUUUAUGUGAAAAAUACAUUCAGUUCCAUUGUUUAUUCAAAAAUUACAGAAAAAUAUGAUUAUUGUAAAUUUGAUAAAUAUGAAUUAUCUACAGAUGACAAAACACCUAUAACUUUUCAAAGAAAUAUUUAUACGUUGGAAGUUUCGUUUAAUAAACAACUUUUACUCUGUCCAAUACAAAUUGAUGGAGGAAUAGACAAAGCAAUCCUAAUUCCAUUAACUUCAUCAAAAGAACAUCAAGUAUUUAAUUCUACUCGUUGUGGAGACUUUGCUGAUUUUGUAAGGCCUACAAGAGUGCUUAAAUUUAUUGUUAACAAAUUAAACCCACAUCUAAAAAUGAGCAUUUCGUGUGUAUAUUCACGAAUUGUUUAUGAUUUAAUGGAACAUUCAGAUUAUUAUUCAACAUUGCAUUAUAAUCGUCGUGUUUGUCAUGAUGAUAGAUAUUUGCUUAAUAUAGAGGAGAAUGGGCAUAAUAUUGUAAGUUGA